AUGUACAAUGCAUUAUUGGCUGCCUAUUGGGUGAAACAAGGAAAUGUGAAAGAAUUGAGUCGAAUGAAAGAUUUACCAUCACUUCUUGAUGUUUUAAUUCCAGAGAAGAAUAAGAACUAUCCUCCAGCGAGAACUUUGUUGUACAUUGCUUGCAAAUAUGGACAAGUUAAAGUUGUGAAAUAUUUACUGAAGAGUAUGCCAUUGGUUGAUUAUAAGAAUGGAGGAUGUCAUAAUUCAUGUAGAAAUCACCAUGAUGUCAGAAUAUUACUCAGUUCAGGUGUUGAAGCAGAAUCAUUGGUUGAAUUAUUGUCAGAAGGGGAGAUUGAGCCAUUCAGAUAUUUCAUUAACAUUUACACUUUGCCAAAACUUGUGGACAAUCAAUCAGAAAUCAUCACAAAUAAUAGCAUUCUCAAAUAUAUGUUGGCUCCACAAGCUGAUUUAAUGCUGAAUAGGAAAUUGGAUGAGUUCAAGUCUCUUGGAGAAUAUUUUUCAUAUAAUAUGUCAUAUAUUUUAUCUUGCAGAUUGAAGAAAAGAGAAACUCUUUCAACUAUCACUUUAAAUAGAGCCACAGUCAUUGAAGGGGCUGUCAUUAACAGAGCCAAUAGAACAUAUCUUGGAAAUGGGGCAAAUGGAGCUGUAUAUUCAGUGUUGAUGAAUAAUGUUCCUGUUGCAGAGAAAAUUUCUAAUAAUAUUGGAACGAGUGAGAUUGAAAUUAUGAAUGGAAUUUGUGAACAUGAUGGUGUUGUAAAAUUGUUACAUCACUAUAAUCAAGAUGGAAUCGAACAUUUAUUCAUGGAAAAGAUGGAUGAUUCAUUAUCUUCAUUUUCAAUAACUGAACCAACAAUUAUUGAACUUGUUCAAAUAUUAUUCUCCCUUGUCAAGGUUUCAGAUACAAUGAAAUAUUUACAUUCCAAGAAUGUGAUUCAUUAUGACAUUAAACCAAAUAAUAUUUUGGUGAAAAAGAUGAGAAUUGAUGGAGUUGAGAUUAUUGAUAAUGUCAAAUUGUCAGAUUUUGAUGUUUCUCUCACAGUGGACAAACCUGAAACCUAUUCCUGCACCACUGCUGGCACAUUAUAUUACAUGGCACCAGAAUUGAGAAAUAAGCAACAAGACACAGUGUUUGUGUUUAGAGCUUUGGAUAUUUUCAGUUUUGGAGUCACAAUGCACACACUCAUUUCUGGAUAUAGACCUGCCAAUAUGGCAGAUGUUUUUGGAAGUUUUAUUUCAGUAGUUCAAUUGGUGGAGAGGUUCAAUUUCCUCACUCAAGAACAAGCUCAAAAGAUUCAUUUAUUGGGAAUGAAAUGUACACACAUUGAUCCAAAAGAGAGACCAACUUUUGAAGAUAUAUUUGAUGAAUUGACUGAGAUUACAACUCAAAUCUACUUGAAAUUUAUGGAAAGCACCAUGAAGACUACAAUUGAAUAA